UUUUUUUUUCUCUUUUCUACUAAAAAAAAACUUUGUACAUACAAUGGCUCCUAAAACUAAGAAGAUCAAGACGAAUCAUGUGCAAGAAACAGCACAACCUGUUGUUGUUGCACCUGUUGCACCUGUUGUCGAAUCAACUGUAGAAGAAAAAGAACCUGAGUGGUAUCUUUUAGAAGAUCUCGAGGCCGAGGAUAUUGACGAUGAGUAUGGUGACAUGGUUAUUGAACAACGACUCUUGGUGAACAAUGUGGACGCUUUAGAACGUAUUACCGAUGACAUUCGUUUGCCUGAAGACAUGCCUUGGAUCGAAACCAAUGUCGUGACCUCUACAGAACCCACCAAAGUCAAUGACGUGUACGAUGAUAACGAACGUGAAGAUGCCUUUUACAAGCAAGCGUUGGAAGCCGCCUAUAUUGGACGUGAUCGGACAUUAGCAGCAGGAGCACCCUUUUUCCGACCCGAUAAUUUUAUUGCAACCAUGUUGAAAGAUGAUAAACAGAUGGAAGCUGUACGUCAGCGAUUAAUUGCAGAAGCUAAAGAUGGUGACGAAGAUGCUUUACGUAGAUUACAGAUUUUCAGCAAAGAGCAAAAGAAAAUCAAGGUGAAUGAGAGAGCAAAAUUGUUGAUGAGAAAGAGAAAGGAUGGAGCUGAAGUGACACUGGAUGAUGAAUUUAAUGUUGAUUUGGAUGAGGCAGAGAGAUUAGCUGCAGCCACAUCCAGUGCUAGUACAAAUUCCAAAUCGAAAAAGGAGGAUAGACCUGCUAAAAAUUACACAAGAGAUACCAAAGAUGCUAAAUAUUCCUUGGGAAGUAGCAGAAAGAAGGACAGUGCUGCUGGUUCAAAUCCCGCUAAGAAGGGUAUGUCCAUCAACAAAAAGAGCGCCAUGAAGAGACCAGGAAAGGCAAAGCGUCAAACUAUGAGAGGCAGAUCAUAGACCUUUUUUAAAGAUAUACAUAAUAAAUAGCAUAGAUGUACACUUUAAAAAUCAAUUAUAGAAUUUCAGUCAUGAGGAGGCAAAGAAAGGAAAUUCAACAUAGUAUAAGGGUGUUUCUCAUAAAACAACUUCAUG